GCGUGUGGCGUUAAGCGGCAACUAAAAUAAAAUUUUAUUUGUAUUCAGUGCAUUUGUUUAAAUUUAAAAUAAAAGAAAACCAACAAAAAAGCAUAAAAAAAUAAUGAAUUUUUAAAAAUUCUAGUGAUGACAAAGUCAAUUAUUUUAUGAAAACAUGUCAAUUAGUGUCGGGGUUGAAAUUUAUUCAACAACAACAAACAAGAUAAUAAAAAAAUUCAUUCAUAAAUUUCAAUUAAAUUCCUUUAAUGGUCAACGCCGACUAAAUGAAUAAGAAACAAAAUCACAAGUAAAGCCAGAAAAACAAGUGUAAAGAAAAUGUCAAAGUUUAUUUUAAUUGUACGACAAAGUGAAAAUUAUUGUAAAAUAAAUUUAGUGUUAAAUAUUUAAGAAUUUUUUAAAGAAAAAGUGGAAAAAAUCUGUAAAGAAUUUCAUAAUCAUUGUGUGAAAAACAACAAAAAUAACAACAAUACCAGCAUAAAUAUACAAGAGAAAAAAAAAGCAAGGAAAUAAAAAAUGUCUACAACAAUAAAUUCUAAACUAACAACAACUGCGGCAGCAACAGCAGCAACAACCAUGGAAUCAGCAGAAAAUUGUGUAUCAACAACAGCAACUGUUGUAGUUGUUGCUGCGGCUGACAAAAGUACCACCACCAUAUUCUCCUCUCCAUGCAAUUCUUGUUCUUCUUCAUUGACAUCUUGGUCAGAUGUUUUGUGCGCCAACGCAUACUGUUCCUCAUCUGGGCAAAAACGAAAGCAGCAACAACAACGAAAUCAACAACUGGCAAAUAAUGAAGAGGAAGAAGAUGCACCUUUAUUAUACAAAACAAACACAAUAACAGCGGUGACAACAACAACAACAGCAACUGUUACGAAUGCUGCCGUUAGUCCCCAUUUGGCUUAUUGCCAAAGUAAUUUAACAAAACAGCAGCUGCUAGAGCAACAGGACGCCACUGCUUUUGACAGUGGUCGUGAAUCGGUUAAUGAAUGUGACUCUUCUCUCGACGAUUCCAUUUAUUACCCCUGCUCUUCAGUGCAAAUGCAACAGCUGUGCAAGAAACCUUGCACUCUGGACUUUUAUGCCAGCAGUGGCUCCCAAAGCAAAUGGUAUUUGCCCACCAUGGAUAUAGUGAAAAUAAAUGUACAACCAGCAUCGGCUGAGUGUAUAAUGACCAAGUCUUGUGUUAGUAUAGCAGAGCCGGAGUCAUCGGUGGUGACACCACCUUCGGAUCAAGGCGACAGCGCUCAGGAUGAUGAGGAGGGCACCAUGAAUGAUAAAAUAUACACACGUACAACGACAACAAAUGACGGUAUUAGUGUCAUUGGCAUACGUAAUGGUUUUCCAACAAAUUUGUCUCAUCAAAUCCGUGCCGUUUCAAGUCCAUCCCUAACCUCAGAUACCAACAACACAGCAGCAGCCAGAACAUCAUCACACAACAAUAAUGCCCUUGUACACCAAAGAGUACCAUCUAGUAAUUCAUCUUAUACCACAACUAGUCAUGAGGAUUGUCAAACCACCACUACCAACAAUAAUACUGCCGCCGCCUCCGCAUCCACCUCCUCCUCAGCCGCCACACAAAAUGUUGGAGUUCUACAGAAAUUCAAACGCACAUUAACCAAUUUCAACAAACAUCAACCAUCAGCCACAAAUCAAACACCAGCAUCAACAACAUCAGCCCCUGGCACAUCUACGACAACAGCAGCAGCCGCAGGAGCCACUUCGGACACUACAGCGUUUCUAAUGGCCGGCGAUACAGAAAUGCAAACGGAUGUUACGGAUGGCUGUAGUACGGCUGUAAGUAAUAAAUAUAGAUUUGGUCCUUUAGUGUGGCGUACAUCAAAGGAGCGACGUAAAACAAAAUAUAAUCGUCGUGAUAAAUGCAACAGUGGCGACUCGGGCAUACAAAUUGAAUUAGAGAAUGAUGAGCAAUUUGCUAGAGUUUUGGCGGCUGGCAAUGGUGGCAUACAUGCUUCUAAUGGUAAUGGCAGUUUGUUUAAUAGAAAACAAGAAGGAAUGAGUUCCCUUAGAGUACGAACCGUACGUCGCACCAAUUCCGCCAAAGUCACAUCCAUUAUUGAUGAAAAUACUUCUACCACACAUUCGACCAAGUCAAAUAUGCUAAAACGCAUGGACAUGCAUAAUGAGAGAGAAGCGCCUGAAUCAUUGCCCACACGUUCGAUAAGUCAACCCAAUGGUCUGGAGUCUUGUGGCAUGACACGCAAUGAUUUGGACGAUAGUGACAGUGAUAGUGUAACAUCACAUGAAGAAGCAACCAGUUAUUAUCCCAUCUAUGCUGAGGUAUUGUACAAUUUCACUGCAGCUGGGCCACAAGAGUUGGGUUUGGAAAAGGGCACAUUAAUUGAAAUAUUACGUAAGGAAAUAGGUCCCUGGUGGUUUGGUCGCAUUAAAAAAGAAGAUGCCAGUCUGGUGGAGGAAAUUUUAGAUCCUGAAUUGGGUUGGUUUCCCAAAGAAUUUGUACGUGUUAUACACUCACCCGAAACGGAUUUCUUCUAUCUGCAACACAUGGCCGAACAACAUGAACAACAACAGCAACAGCUAGAGCAGCAUCAGCAAAAUGAAACAUCUCAGCUAAGUCAUGAAUUUAAUGAGAAUGCUCAAACAGGAAAUCAUACAUUGAAUACAUCAUCAAGUGCUCCCUGUGCACUUGACAACAGCAGCAGCAUGGAAGAUAAUUGUAAUACCACCGUAAUUGAUCAGCAUAAUGUCACAACCAUUGUAAUUGAAUCAUCAUCAUCGCCAUCAUCUACGUCGACACCCCAUUUUGCGGGCAUAGACAAUAAUGUGGCUAAUGAUGCAUCGGCCAACAAUACAACACUAACAGCCAAUACCCAGGCAAUUCUAUCAACAUCUCAAAGUCUUAAUGUCAUUAUGGACAGUGCCGAUUUGCUGCGUAGGAGUGCUGUUAAAGAACUAUUGGAUACGGAAGUAAAUUAUGUGAAAUUAUUGUCAGCCAUAUGUGAAGGUUAUUUGCCUGCUAUGAGCAAACGUAUUGAUAUCUUUUCACCCAAUAGUAUACGUUUGAUUUUCUCCAACAUCACGGCCAUUUAUAAAUUUCAACGUAAAUUUUUGGAAGCCUUACGCAAGGGCAUCGAACAAAAUCAAGUUGCUAAAGUAUUUUUGAAAAUGCAUAAAGGAUUUUUAUGUUAUUCAACAUAUUGUAAUUCUUAUCCUCGGGCUUUGAUUGAAUUGGCUUCAUAUGAGAGAGUUAAAGAUGCUCGCACAAUAUUGGAUAAUUGUCGCGAAUCAGAAAAUCUGGCUGAACUACCCUUAUCCGCUCAUUUGCUGGCGCCAGUGCAACGCAUCUGCCGUUAUCCUUUACAUUUGGGAGAGAUGAUUAAAAGCUCAGCAAAGGGAACUGAACCACCGGCAUUUAGUCUGCUGGAAUAUGAACAAAUCGAUGUUAGUCAAUUGGAUAUACCGGAUACCACCGAAACCAUUGAUAUGGCUUUGGAGGCCAUGAAAUCAGUCACAGAAGCUGUUAAUGAGGGAAAACGUCACAGUGAGACUAUAGCACGUCAUCAGGGGAGUUUUCAAAAUUUCAAAGGACCCCCACUGCACUUACACAGCACUCGCUUCUUUGUGCAAAUCGAUGCUACACGGCAAAAACAAAAUCUUUGGAACAGCAGUUGCACCCUCUUCUUAUUCGACAACCAAUUGGUCUAUUGUAAACGUGACAUUAUCAAGAGAUCUAAUUUCAUAUAUAAAGGACGCAUAUUUUUGGACAGAUGCCGGGUGGUGAAUGUUAGAGAUGGAAAAAUGUUUGGACACACCAUUAAAAACUCGCUGCGGAUAUACUGUGAGGCCAGAGAUAAAUGGUUUGAUUUUAGUUUUCGUUCGGCCAAUCGUAAGCACAGAUUUUUGAAUACUUUGGCUUUGGAGCGGCAAUUUGGUGGCAAGUCUUUAUACAUAUCCGAAAUGACCGGCUUUGAAUAUGCCUUUGAUGAGAGAGACUAUUCCGAUCAGUCGGAUUAUGAGGGUGGCGAUAGUGGUGAACAAAAGUUAAAAGAAUACUUGUAUGAAUCUAAUAUAAAUACUGGCAACAAUACCAAUACAUCGGGUGAGUCUUCGGUGCCGGAAUCGCCAGCGAAAUCAUUUAAAUACAGUGAUACUUUACCGCAUAAGAAAUCACAAAGACUAGAUACAACAGCGGCUCAAGGAAAUGAAACUCAAACGGGUUCUUUGGGCAGAAGACGUUUGGGUAAUUGGUUUAGAAAACCAAAGAGUACCGCUUCGACACCAAAUCACUCUCCCACUCACAAAACCACACAAUCCGCCCACUCAACGGGUGACCUACAAUUAACCGGCACUGAUCUUACCGAAACCUAUACCGUGUUAGAACAUUCUGAAAAUGGUGGUGUUAGUUCGUAAAUUUAUUUUUAAUUAAAAAAAAAUAUGGAAUCUCAAACAAUAUGUACUCGAAAUUGUUUAUGUUUAAUUUUCAUUCUCUCUAUCUCUUUUUUUCUCUCUAUCUAACCCUACUUUUUCUCUUUGUAAAAAUUUAUUUCAUUUGUACAAAAUAACUGUAUGUAUUGGAAGUCAAUUAUAAUUGUUGUUUAAAGAAUUGUUAAUUAUUUUAAAUUUUAAAGAAAAUAUAUUCGAUAUUUACACAUUUUAUGUAUAUUUUGUUUAUUACAUAUAUGUUUUUUUUAAAUUCUAACUAUAAAACUAUUUAACUGUACAGUUGUAAAUUUAAUUUAAUUUUCUGUUUAAUUUUUUUUUAAUUAUAUUUUAUUUAUUUUUAUAAGUUAACAAAGCGAACAAACUGGAAGAUUUAAAAUUAAGUCAUUACAUUUUUCAUUAAGUUUUUUUACAAUUUUGUAAAAUAUUAAAGUUUUAUUAUUAUUUUUUAACAUAUUUCUUGUCUUUUUUUUAUUUAACAUUAAAAAAACCAAAUAAUUAUUAAAACAAUUUUAAAAUAUGUUUAAAAAAAUAAAAUAAAAAAAACAAAAUGUUAACAUUGAAAGAAGCAAUUUUUUUUAUAAAAAUUUCAAAUAUUUUAAAAUGAAAAAAUAUAAAAAGAAGUUACUGAAAACCGAAAUUAUUAAAAGUCAUUAAAUACAAGACAAAAUGACAUUUUAUUAAACAAGAAAAAAAAAGAAAACAAACAUAAGUUAAAAACAAAUACAUGAACAAAUAAAACAAAAAAAUUAAAAUUUAACACACAAAAAUAAUAAGUCUGGUUUAUAAAAAAUAGUUAAACUGUUUAAAAACUACCAAAAAAAAAAAUCAUUAAAAAAAUGUUAAAUUUAUAAUUAAAAAAAAAUAUUUAAAAAUAUAUAAAGUAUUUAUGAAAAAAUA